AUUCAAUCCAUGAUGGACCGCUGGACUAUGGCAUCGUCUGUGACAGACCUUUUUCAAUCACUUUUGCGAGUCGCGGGCUGGGGGGGACUCGCUGGUUUUGUCUACGUGCGCACCACCAAUCCCCGCGCCGUUGUGGUUGCCCUCUGCAUCCACAGACUGUACUUCCACCCGCUGGCGAAAUACCCCGGUCCGUGGCUCGCGAAGCUGACGAGCUGGCGGGCCGUCUACUACGGCCCGAUCGUGCGAUACGCGCCACAUCGCGUGAUAUUCGCUUCUAGUACCGGGUUCCACGAUAUCUAUGGCUUCGGCAAGAAUGUCCAGAAAAGCCCGUCUUACCACAGCAUUGGCCUGCGGAAGGGCUUCUCCAGCACGCUGACCGCGGUCGACAACAAAGUGCACGGUCGGAAGCGUCGCAUCCUGAGCCAAGGGCUGUCGGACCAGAAUCUAAAGCUCCUUGAGCCGACUCUCCUCCGCACGGUGGAUCGGCUCUGCAGUCGUCUCGCGGAGAGACAGGAUGAUUUCAGUCCUGCCUACCAGACAACAGACGAUGGAUGGACAUGCCCGAAGAAUAUGUCCGAGUGGUGCGAUUACUACACCUUCGACGUCAUGACGGAGCUCGUCUUCGGGCGCUCUUUACACGCGCUCGAAAAACCGGACUACCACUUCAUCCUCGACGACAUGUUGGCUCAGAUGCGUCGCGUGAGUAUCCUAACCGAACUUCCUGCCAUCGAGCCCCUCGGGCUCGGUCGCUUCGUCUACCCCGGGGCGCUGCAGAAGGCAAUGCGCUUCGGUCGGACAUCGCAAAUGAUCGUGGAGGAACGGAGGAAGAGCCCACCGAGUGACGGAGUCGUGGACAUCUGCUCGAAGCUGCUUGCCGCGAAGGAUCCGAAUACAGGCGAGGGGUUUCCGGCGCCGGAGUUGUACGCGGAAAGUAAUCUGCUCAUUGUGGCGGGCUCCGACACGACGUCCAUCGCGAUGGCGGCGACGUUCUUCUAUCUCACUCGGUAUCCCGAUGCGCUGGCGACGGCAACAGCGGAGAUCCGAUCCACCUUUGCCGACGUGCAGGACAUCCGUCCGGGUGUGACGCUCUCGUCAUGCACAUACUUCCGCGCGUGCCUGGACGAGGCGAUGCGCCUGACACCCUCGGUGGGAGGCGCACUGUGGCGGGAGGUUCUCGCCGGCGGAACAACGAUCGACGGAGAGUUGAUCCCGGAAGGAAUGGAGGUCGGCGCGGGGAUAUACGCGCUGCAUCACGACGAGGCAGUCUUCCCCGAACCGUCCGUGUUCCGACCGGAGCGGUGGCUCGAGAAGACGACGUCCGCGUCGAGCUCAUUUGCCCCUUUCUCCGUUGGGCCUCGAGCGUGUGUUGGAAAGGGGCUGGCGGUGAUGGAGUUCACGGUGGCGAUGGCGCGGGUUUUGUGGCGGUUCGAUAUGCGAGCGGCGGAUGGGCAGUUGGGGCGGGUUGGCGAGGGGACGGGCGAUCGCGAGGGCGAGUAUGAGACGCGGUGGUGUUUCACCAGCAUGAAGGACGGGCCGUUUCUUCAGUUCAGGGUGAGGUGA